AUGGCGAGCGUACCCCUUCAGACAGGGACUUUCCCGAAAAAGCCCGUGCCACCCGGCGCAUGGGAUACCCAUCACCACAUAUUCGAACCCCACCGCUUCCCCUACGCUGAAGGUCGACACUUCACUCCCGCUCCCGCUACGCUGGAAGACCUACAGGCGUUUGAAAGGGCCAUCGGAGUCGAUCAUAUAUGCAUCGCACAUGGCCUCUCCUACGGCCCAGACUGCAGCUCCCUUCUCUACUACUUAGGCCUUUUCGGUGGCGAAGCAAGGGGAAUCUGUGUUUUGGACUUAGAGAGCGUGACAGAUGAGCUUCUAGACGAAUACCACGCUGCGGGCGUCCGCUCAGUGAGACUGGAUUUCAAUCGACAUAAAGCGAUGGACAAUGUCGACGUCCAAGCCCAACUAAUCGAUGCCACAUCCAAGAGACUGGCCGAAUGGGGCAGCCACCGAUGGAGUAUUCAGAUCCAGCAGCCACAUUUAGAGUUCUGGUCACAUCUACGCGACGUAGUGAAUAGGAGCUCGGUGCCGAUCGUGGUAGACCAUUUUGCCUUGGUCGCUGGAAGCAGCUACAGGGCCAAUGAUCAUAGUACAAAUAUCCAGAACGAGUCAUACCUAAGCGAAGCAGAAUGCGUCGGACUAGAAACGCUCUGUGAAACACUCAAAGAUGGAAACUUGUGGAUGAAGCUCUCUGCUCCUUACCGAUGCUCAAAUCUUGCGCCGGAGUAUAAUGACUUGCGAUGGAUUACAAGGCGUUUUGUCCAGUGUAACCCGCGACGCAUGGUUUGGGGGAGUGAUUGGCCUCACACACAGCGGCAUAAGGACCGCGCUGGUAGGAGCACUACCAGCGUGGAGCCGUUUCUUAAAAUUGAUACCAGGACUUGGAUUGAGUCUCUGAGUCGAUGGAUGUCGGAUGAUGAGUGGCACCUGAUGUGGGUGGACAACCCAGCAUUGUUGUAUGAUUAUCAAUGUUUACAGAAGAAAGCAUAG